CUUGUCGCCUUGUUGCCUCGUUGCCUACUCCUCCUCCUCAGACCUCACCUCUCUUCCCGCUGUUUCCCUUACCAGUUCGCUUCCCUCUCUCCGUCUCUCCUUUUCUACUUACUUUGCUUUUGCAGCCUUGUCGCCAGUCGCCGGUCCAUUAUGCUUGUUCCACAGUCUGCUCAUUCGCUGUCGUGACUUGUGUACAUAUCCAAGAAAGAAGGUGGUCACUCUCACUUGGAUUACGCUGGUUACCUCCACAUGCAACUUGGGGAAGUAGAUUUUUAGCGCGUAGGGACUAUCUCCGGAACCAUGGGCUGGGAUUAUGCCUUUGUACAUCUCAAGUACAAUUUCCCUCCUGCAAUCGCUUUGACGCUGCUCUAUAGACCAUUGCUAACAGCAACGGAUGUCUACAAGCUUCUGUUCCUUAUUACUAUUGCCGUCGUAGCGACGAUACCAUGGGACUCGUACUUAAUUCGUAGCAACGUUUGGACGUAUACAGACGAUGCUGUAAUAGGCUGGAAACUGUUUGACAUUCCCGUCGAAGAAGUAUUCUUUUUUGUCAUUCAGACGUACAAUACAUCUUUCCUAUAUUUCAUACUUAGCAAGCCCACCUUUCAUUCGGUUUAUCUGCGCACGGACUUGGACAGAAGCCACAGCAAUGAACUAUCAAUAACUUCUAGGCGUACGAUUGGCCAGGUAUUCCUAGCAGUCGUCAUAUAUGCUGGGUUCCAUAUGCUCAGUCAUGGUGGGACAUCAACAUACAUGGGCUUGAUAUUGUCCUGGGCUGGACCUUUCAUGCUUCUCCUUUGGACUCUUGCAUACCAGAUGAUAUUAAACUUGCCCAUCACCAAUACCCUAAUACCAAUUGGCUUACCUACCUUCUACCUAUGGAUGGUUGAUACCUUCUCACUCAAGAGAGGUACCUGGGUCAUAAGCGCUGCUACCAAGUCGGAUCUAUAUCUAUGGAAAGGUCUUGAGCUUGAAGAAGCCGUCUUCUUUCUCAUCACCAAUGUUAUGAUAGUUUUUGGACUGUUAGCGUUCGACAAUGCUCUUGCUAUUCUCAAUACCUUUCCGACUCUCUUCCCUGAUGCUCCCGGGCUCCCAGGUCCGGUAGAUCUUGUCCGGGCAUUGCUUGUUCCUACAAAACGAUAUGACCAUUACCGUGUCAAGGUGCUCGAAGAUGCUGUGAAGAGGCUGGAGAGGAAGAGUCGAAGUUUCUACCUCGCCAGUGCCACCUUUCAGGGACGCCUCAGGAUUGAUCUCAUCCUACUGUACUCCUAUUGUCGAGUUGCCGAUGAUCUGAUUGACAAUGCCAAGUCUGCAGAGGAGGCCAAGUCCUGGAUACACAAGCUUCAUCGAUUUCUUGAUAUUGCGUACGCUGAGCACGGGAAAAAUCAAUUGGAAACUAUGGUCAAGGAUGAGUUUCCAGCUAGCUUACAGUUAGCACUACUGCACCUUCCAACGCAGUAUCUUUCGAAGGCGCCUCUAUAUGAAUUGCUGAAGGGAUUUGAAAUGGACCUUGACUUCUUGCAUCCAGGAAAUCAGCUGCAUCUACCGAUUGGAAGUGAAACUGACUUGAGGAUGUAUGGAUCUCGGGUUGCCGGCACAAUUGCAGAGCUUUGUAUUGACUUAGUCUUCCAACACUAUCGCAUGCUUCCGUCCGGAUCACAGCAAGCCAGUAUCAAAAGAGCCGGGCAUCAGAUGGGCAUAGCUUUACAACUGGUGAACAUUGCUCGCGACAUCGCUGUCGACGCUCACAUGGGGCGCGUCUAUCUACCAAACACUUGGCUGGAUGAGCUAGAGCUCACACCACAAGCUGUAUUGAAGAAUCCCAGGGGCAUUAGAGUUGGGAAACUCCGAACCAGGCUAUUGGACAAGGCUUUCGCCAUUUACAAGGAGGAAAUUGUCUCCAUUGAACAGCUUCCGCAAGAAGUCCGUGGCCCUAUGAGGACUGCAGUCGAAAGCUACAUGGAGAUUGGUGAAACCUUGAGGCGAGAAGGCUAUGAGGUAAAGCCGGGGAAGGCCACAGUGCCCAAGCUGAAGAGAAUCCGCGUUGCUUGGAAUGCUAUGAGUGGGCCAUUGUCGCGGAAUAUCCGAGUCUGAGGGCUGCAUUUCAGAAAGCACAAUAAUGGCAUGGUUGAUAUAUCAUAUAGAUUCUUACAUAGAGCGACAUUAGCAUAUUCUUUGUUUUUA